ACUGCCAACACUGUCAUUACGCAUCGUCACAAUUCUUUGGAAUUUGUAUCAAUUUGUGUUACAUUUUUUUAUCUGAUAUAGAGAAGAAUGGUUCGAUUUCGUAAAUAGAUUGUGUAGACGUUUUGGAACGUUGUUGUGAGAGACGUUUGCAAGAGGAAACAUGGGAGAUGACAAAAAGAAGAGCUCGGAAAGCAAGAAACCAAAAGUUGAAGAAGGGUCUGGAAAUUUAUCCGAUAGUAAUGGAAGUGGUACCUCUACAGACGACACUUCUAAAGGCAAAAAUGGGUCCAGCAGGAAAAGAAAGCAAUCAUCUGCGGAUUUGGAAAUGGAUAAUGGUCUCCCUCCGCAAAGGUUCGCCGCCAAUGCACGAGAGAGGGACAGGACACACAGUGUAAAUACUGCUUUUAUCACACUAAGAACUCUGAUUCCAACGGAACCAGCAGAUAGAAAACUUUCCAAAAUUGAAACCCUAAGACUAGCAGCGAGUUACAUAGCUCACCUAAAUACGGUCCUUAUGGUCGGGACUGAUUGUCUUGACCAACCGUGUGUAAAACACCAAGCCAUGUUGCGGGGAAGCAUGGACCCUAUGCCGAAACCAGUGUGCACUUUCUGUCUCAGCGCUGCUAGAUCCAGGGCGGUACGCCCAGAAAGUUGUAUGUUUAAAGAUGUCCGACACGCUAUGCCUAUUCGACGAUAGCCCAGAUGACCCGUUUGAAUACAGACUUUCCGUAAACAUGGCCAAGUGGACUUCAGUCAAUCUGCAACAUGGCAUGCAUGUUUUAUCAGUCAUGAUCGACACCAUCCAACAGAAAAAAGGAAAUAUGUAAAUAUUUAUCCAGUAAGGAACUGUAUGUUGUUUUGAGUCCAAAACUGAAGCCAAGCCAGCGGACAGCUGAAUGUAGACAUUGUGGGCAGCAGUAAGGCAGGCCCAGAGGAUGGCUUCAUCGUUCAUCGUAGUCUCGUAAAGAGUCAAUGUGAUGACAGUUCCAUUCCAGGUUUAACUUACACCAAGAUAUCAUAAAGCCAAUACUAUUAUAUUGAAAAUUCCUAUAUUGCAACCUGAGCUUACAGCGGUUGUAACACGUUAGUCGUUGGUACAAAGGUGGCCAGGGCAGCGACCUUGUGUGAUCACACUGUUCUCUAACGGUGUUACGGUCAAUGAGGCUUCAAAGUCUGUAUCAAACUGCAGAAAUUUAAUUUCAAACAGGAAGGUAAAUUAACGGCUUUGAUGCGCCAGUGGUCGUUUCGAAUAACUGAUGGCCACUAUCGUAAAUCUGGGCUACUUCUAGAGUGUCCAGCAUACUGUAGUCUUUGGUUGAACAACAGUACUGAUGAGUGCCCAGUGGAAACACUAAACCCCUGGUUCCCGAUUAAACAACACUACUGAUGAGUGCCCAUUGGAUACACUCAACUCCUGGUUCCCGAUUGAACAACAGUACUGAUGAGUGCCCAGUGGAAACACCCAACUCCUGGUUCCCGAUUGAACAGCAAUACUGAUGAGUGCCCAGUGGAAACACUCAACUCCUGGUUCACGAUUGAACAACAGUACUGAUGAGUGCCCAGUGGAAACACUCAACUCCUGGUUCACGAUUGAACAACAGUACUGAUGAGUGCCCAUUGGAAAAAACUCAGCUCUUGGUUCCCGAUUGAACAGUAGUACUGAUGAGUGCCCAGUGGAAACACUCAACUCCUGGUUCCCGAUUAAACAAAUUGUACUCAUGAGUGCCCAGUGGAAAUACUCAACUCCUGGUUCCCGAUUGAACAACAGUACUGAUGAGUGCCCAGUGGAAACACUCAACUCCUGGUUCCGGAUAAAACAGCAGUACUGAUGAGUGCCCAGUAGAAACAAUCAACUCCUGGUUCUCAAUUAAACAACAGUACUGAUGAGUGCCCAAUGGAAACACUAAACCCCUGGUUCCCGAUUCAACAACAGUACUGAUGAGUGCCCAGUGGAAACACUAAACUCCUGGUUCCCGAUUAAACAACAGUUCUGAUGAGUGCCCAGUGGAAACAAUCAACUCCUGAUUCCGGAAUAAACAACAGUACUGAUGAGUGCCCAGUGGAAACACUAAACCCCUGGUUCCCGAUUCAACAACAGUACUGAUGAGUGCCCAGUGGAAACACUAAACCACUGGUUCCCGAUUAAACAACAGUACUGAUGAGUGCCCAGUGGAAACAAUCAACUCCUGGUUCACGAUUGAACAACAGUACUGAUGAGUGCCCAGUGGAGGACUCAACUCCUGGUUCACGAUUGAACAACAGUACUGAUGAGUGCCCAGUGGAAACACUCAACUCCUGGUUCACGAUUGAACAACAGUACUGAUGAGUGCCCAGUGGAAA